AUUCUAUUAAUAUGUAUUUGCAUUGUUUUUUUCUUUUUUUCUUUUCUUUUCUUUUCUUUUCUAGAAACAAACAAGAAAGUCGAAUAUGACAGUAAAAGUUAUUUCAAAAGCACAAGUUAGAAGAAAUAACACUAAAAAUUCCUGUUGGGUUAUUAUAAACAAUAAAGUGUAUGAUGUAACAACGUUCUUGGCAGAUCAUCCUGGAGGAGAUGAAAUAAUAUUGCAAUUUGCAGGCAUGGAUAUAACAUCAGUAUUGAAUAAGGCUAAUUACCAUAUACAUUCAGAUGCAGCUUACGAUUUGUUAACCGAAUAUUACCUGGGUGAUCUUGCAAAAGAGGAGAAAGAUGAGGAUGAGAUUGUAGAAUUACGUAUAAAACAAAACAUAGUAGAAAAAAGAACAAAUAAUCGGGAUGAGGAAUUUCUAGAUCUUCGUAAACCUUUGUUUCCUCAAUUAUGGAAUGCAACCUAUUCGAAAGCUUAUUAUUUAGAACAAGUCCAUAAACCACGUUAUACACCUUAUUGUGUUCCUUAUUUUGAACAUCCAUUAUUAGACAAACUAUCUAAAACACAUUGGUAUAUUGUGCCUAUGAUAUGGUUACCUUUUGUUGGAUUUCAACUUUGGAGAUCACUUAAUACUUCUAAUGGAUCUAUUGAAAUAACAUUAACAGGAUUUAUAGCGGGUGUCCUUUUUUGGACAUUAUUUGAAUAUAUACUUCAUCGAUUUCUAUUUCAUUUGGAUUCCUUUUUACCUGAUCAUCCUAUAGCUUUAUUAAUUCAUUUUACAUUACACGGAAUUCAUCAUCAUAUGCCAAUGGAUAGAUUACGUUUAGUGAUGCCCCCUGCAUUAACUAUCAUCUUGAGUAUUCCAGUUUUUAAGUUAGCUCAUACUUUAUUCUAUCCUGCACUUGCUUUUGCUUUUAUUGCUGGAGCAUUUUUCGGUUAUGUUUGUUAUGACAUGAUUCAUUAUUAUCUUCAUCAUGCAAAAGUAUUUAAAAUCUAUUUCAAGGAAUUGAAAAGAUAUCAUGUAGCUCAUCAUUACAAGGAUUUCAAUAGUGGAUUUGGAAUUACUUCUAAAUUUUGGGACUAUGUUUUUGGUACUGUUUUAACCUAUGAAAAUAAAAAGUAAUAAUCCUGUAGUCCAUACUAAUAAAAACAAAACAAAAUAAAUCAUGGAUAAUAAUACAAUGUCAUAUAUAUCCAUAAAAAAAAUACCCAGAAUAGUAACUAUUUACCCCUAUCUUUUUAAUAGUUUUUUUUUUUUUUUUUUGAACACCGUACAAGUCUUUAUCAAGGCGAUGUCAGGGGUUUCAGUUAUAACCUUUUUUAGGGUGGUGAAAUAUUCAAUAAAA